AUGGAAAUUGCUGUAGGAUAUCUUUAUAACAAAGAAAUUGAUAAUAUUUUGCACAAACUCAAUGAUCUAAAUAAUUUAUUAGUUGCUUCAACAGAUAUUUACAUAUUAACAGCAGUCUUAAACCAAAUUGAAGCAAAUUUUUUAGGUAAAAAUUGGAAAAUAGAAUACGUUACAACCAAACGGGAAAUUAAGGAAAAUACACUUGUUGUUAUUUAUUUAGAUACCAGUACUUCACAAAAUGUUAAUUUAUCUCUAUAUUAUUAUUUAGAACUGGCUAAUGAAAAUAAUUAUAAAGUUAUUUUAUACACGCAAAAUAUGUUAUCAAUAGAUACUAUGGAAAGGAGAGUUAGAUCUCGCUUUUCUAAUUAUGUUUGUGCACUACGUACUUUAAAUUUUGACGAGUAUUUGGCAUUAUACAAAUUUCUUUUUUAUCUCGACUAUAAGAAAAACGACAAGCCAAACAAACGUAAAUUUGUGAUACGAAAAACAGCAGUUUCAAUGCCUUCAAAGAUAGUAAAGCGCAGUAAAAAUUCAGAUGAAGAUUUUAAAAAACAUGAUUUAAAAAUAUUUAAAAAAAUUUUACACGAAAAAGAAAAUGAUACAAAUGUUAUUUUUUUACACAAUAAUUUAAUAUCUGAUGAAGUUUUACACGAUUUAUCUUGUCAAUACGACGUUAAUAAUGACAUUAAGAUUUUGUAUAAUAAAUAUUUAAGUAAUAAAUAUGAUAUAAAACACUAUUCUCUAGGCUGUAUAUUAGAUAUACUUUGUCCUAUUCAUCUAAUUAUUUUAUUAAUGUCUAGUAAAGAAAAGAUCUUUGUUACAAAUGUGAUACAAGAAUUUAGGAAAUUUGUAACCAAUUGCAAGGAAAUGAAAAAUUGCGCAGACAAUGAUAUUUUUACAGAAUUUUGUGAACUGAUAGACUAUAAGUUAAUAUCUAACAAAGGAGUGCUUUUGAUAGACGAUUUGUAUCUUAGAAAAUUUAUUAACUCCCCCAAAAGACCAAAUUUUCUAAAGCCGUUACUUAAUAAAGUAAAAUUAUAA